CUCAUGAUAUGAAUGGCCCGUCAUAAGUUAGUAUGAUGAUGUAGAAAGAAACUUACUGGCCGUGUUUUAUUUAUUUUAACUUGAUUUAUGUGGGAGUAAAAAAAUUAAUAUUUUUUUUUUUUAUUACAUUUCAAUUUUAAUUUUACUAGCUUUAUAUUUUCUGUUGGAUAUAAAAGGGGUGUCUGGUUGUAGACUCUUAUUUGUAUGAAAACUUGCAAUAUCAUAGUAUCGUUUAGUGUUACAAUGCUAUGAAUAAGCGUACAUCCAUGUAAUCUUAAUAAUUGUUUUAUCUUAACAAGGGCAUACAUUUUAUUUUAUUUGCCAAAGAAUUAACCAAAGGCAUGCUCUUAUUACCUAUGAUGCUCUAAUUUCCUCCAGGUCAGGUAGUCAAUCUGUAAUUAUGGAGGCUCUCUGUAGGGUGAUGUCAUGCUAAGAAAUAUUCAUUCUUACCAAAGUUGCUGCUACACUUUGUUUGUGGAGGAGUUACCCGUCGGAAGAGUCAACCAUGGAAAGAAAAUGAACAUUUCUUUCAAGAAACGAUAUAGUAACAAUUAACAUGACAACUCACACUGGCACCCUUACAUCCUUAAAGAACACCAUAAAACAUCACCUUUGUGGUGUCCUAGGGUGGACAAGACCGGUGGAGCAUUCAAAGAGCUGACAGGCUGUAAGAAUAAAAUCCGAAUGGCACGUCUUGUUCUCUAUGCUCCUACUGCAUCAAAGAAAUGGUGUCCCUCAUAAAAGUGGUGAACUUCACGGGAGCAAAUGUACAGUACAAGUAUGUGUAAUGGGAUUAACCCAGGAAGCUGGCAAAGACUUGUUUUUACAGUUAAAAGCGUACAGUAUCGUGCAAUAGGAGAUACACCGGGGGGUUCCUUAUCAAGGCCAUUAGCGAGCGCCUCACGGCAGCACGAUCACCAAUGGGUGACAACUGGAUCCACAGCUGGAGUGGGCCACACAUAACUCCAGCAGGGCACUCUGAACCAAUCAAAUGGCGUGGGCUCGCAGAGGGGCCAGAAGGCCUCGCUACACCUCAGUCUCACAGUAGGGGCUUCCAGUCCCUCUGAAAGGGCAAAUCAAACCCGAACAAUCCUGAUGUCCUAUAGGAUUACACACAGAUCAGUGCAUUUGGACAUGCUUCCAAUAUGGCCAUGAUUUAAAAUACAGGGGAUUAUCUUUCUGUACAUUAAUCUUUUUUUGUGUGUGUCUGUGUUUCGUAUUAAUGUAUUUUGCAUUGUACACAUUUGUAUACAAUUUUCUACAACUCAAGACCAUGGGCUUUUGUAUGGUGACUGCAUGUAAUAGCAAUUGUGUUCUGAGUCAAUUGUUUUAAUAGGCUAUUUUCUGAAUCUGAAAAAAAUGUCCAUAUAAUGACAGGACAGUCAGAACUGUAAAAAAAAGUCUGACAUGUAGAAAUAUGUAAGAGAUAUUCUUAUGAGAAUUCAAAUAUUUACUUUAGCAGACAUAACUUGAUAAGGACGAUUCAAACACACAUACCACUUAAGGAACUAGAUCCAUGGCCAGCAGAAGGAAUGUUUUCAGGGGCAACACUGUGGAGCCCUGUGAGUCAGGGCUGACAUCAUCCUUGGCUCACAUGCCUUCACUUUGAAUGGGGUAGCGAACAGAAACACUGGAAGCAGCCCAGCCAGUCUCAAGCCACGAUAACCAACGCGGACUGACCUCACCUCUCAAUUAACUCGCCGCGCCAAGGUACGCAGCGGGGAUCGAGCAAGUUGGCAGAGAACGGUUACGUAACGGUUAGUCACUCAGCUUGUUCUCUGAACAAAGAAAGCGCUUCAACUCUGUCCGUUAAGUUAGUGUCAACGCUGUUUCCUCGAAAAGUCGUACAGCACUUGAGAUUGUUGACAGAUUGUUGAGAAAUUGAAGAGUUUUUCAGCCGGGAAGCGAGGACAGACACGACAAGAGAAGUCUCUGUUGGAGAAGUCUGCGCGGGGCAUGGGUUUGAGCCAAAUGGAGCCUUCAGGCAACCAAGGGGAGUACGUACAGUUUUCCAAGGAGAAGUACCUGCUGGAGUCUCCGCCAGAGAAGCUGCGCAAGGAGCUGGAGGAGGAGCUGAAGCUGAGCAGCAGUGACAUGAGGAGCCAUGGCUGGUACCAUGGACACAUCCCCCGCGAGGUGUCGGAGACCGUGGUCCUGCGCAACGGGGACUUCCUGGUGCGCGACUCGCUGGUCAAUGUGGGCGACUACGUGAUGACCAGCCGCUGGAACCACGAGGUGCAGCACUUCCGCAUCACCAAGGUGCUGGUCAAGAGCAGCGAGACGCAGGUCCAGUACGUGCUGGAGGGCCUGGAGGGGGACACCUUUGACUCCGUACCCGCACUAGUGCGGUUCUACGUGGGCAACCACCGGCCCGUCUCCCCCCAGAGUGGAGCCCAGAUUUACUGCCCCAUCAACCGCACACUCCCGCUGCGAUACCUGGAGGCCACUUUCGCACUGGCCAAUGGCAGGCCGGGCGCAACCCACUCGCCAUCCAAUCAAAGAGGGGCGUAUAUCAAGAGGCGGAGCGUGACCAUGAACGACGGCCUGACCGCAGAGAAGGUUAUUCCACACAGCAAUGACGAGCCCAUGGAGCCCCCAGAGGCCCCGCCCCCCGAGGCGGAGUCUGAGAGAAUGGUGGAGAACAACAGCCCCUCCACCAUCCACAACCAUAAGGAGUCGAUGAGGAGCUGCGCCCUGAGCAUGGAUCAGAUCCAGGAGUUCCGCUGCACCCUCUCUCCCGUUGGAGAGGCGCCUCUCUCCCCCGCAUAUAGCGCUGUGUCCCGGCACAGGCAUGGCUCUGGCGGGCGCAUCCUGGCUGUUAUCCCCCCCUCCCCGGCAAUCCUACGGCGCUCAAGCAAACCCCACCUCAGCCCCUCCGCCUCCAACAACAACCUCCUCCCCGCUGGGGCCCAGGCUUCGCCGGCCGCCCACCCACACCCACACCCACAGGGCCCUCACCCGGGUCCCGACCCAGCCGGGAGCUACUGCGAGCUCCGACCCCACCCCUGCGCCCCUGCCACCCCCUGCAAGAGCUACGUGGAGAGACUACGGGUGGAGGAGGGCCGGGGCGGCCUGGGUGUGGGUGGAGAGGCGGGCGACGCGGAGCGGGAGAAGGAGGGGUUCUCGCUGCCCCUGGUGGAGACAAGCUCGUCACUGUGGCCGAACCGGUACCAGUCGGUGCUGCUGCCGGCCGAGAACAAGCCGCUGGAGAUGAGCGUGCUCAAGAAGGUCAAGGAGCUGCUGGCCGAGACCGACGCCAGGACCGCUGCCAUGCACAUCACCAAAGCAGACUGCACGGUUGCUAGGAUACUGGGCGUUACCAAGGAGAUGCAGCGGAUGAUGGGAGUGGGGUCUGGGCUAGAGCUGCUGACUCUUCCGCAUGGACACCAGCUGAGACUGGAUCUACUGGAGAGGUUCUACACCAUGUCCAUCAUGGUGGCGGUGGACAUCCUGGGCUGCACGGGGAGCACUGAGGAGAGGGCCGCCCUCCUGCACAAGACCAUCCAAAUGGCAGCCGAGCUAAAGAGCACCAUGGGAAACAUGUUUGGCUUCGCCGCCGUCAUGAGGGCCCUGGAGCUACCGCAGAUCUCGCGGCUGGAACAGACAUGGAUGGCCCUAAGGCAAAGGCACACUGAAGGAGCCAUCCUGUACGAGAAGAAGCUCAAGCCCUUCCUGAAGGCCAUGAAUGAUGGCAAAGAGAGCUGCGUCCUCUCCAACACCUCCUUCCCACCUGUUGUUCCCGUGUUGUCUCUGCUGGAGAGGGGCGUGGCCGUGGGGGAGGGGCUAGAGCCCUGGGAGAGCGUGGAGGCAGGCGUCGACGUGGUGAUGAGUCACCUGGAGGCGGCCCGUACCAUCGCCCAUCACGGGGGAAUCUACUGCACCAAUGCAGAGACAAAACUAAAAGAGCUGCAGGAGCGUGCAGAGCUCCUUGAGAUCUUCUGCACAGAGUUCCAGAUGCGUCUGCUGUGGGGCAGCCGCGGCUCAGAGGGCUCCCAGGCCGAGCGCUACGAGAAGUUCGACAAGGUCCUCACCGCCCUCUCCCACAAGCUGGAGACCCCUGUCCGACACAGCGAGCUAUAGCACUUGAGUCACCCCCUUAACCUUAACCUUAACCUUGACCUUAACCUUAGCCCCCUUUCCCCCCAUACUCAGCACAGAAACUUGCAGUGGUACAAUCCCAUCAGUCCUUCUCCUUACUGUCACUCCCAUGCAUCUGGGCUGGACCAAUAUGGGGGUGUUGAGAGAGAGAUACUGAACUGAACAUGUGGGAAAGAGGGAAAGGAGAUCGAGAGGAACAGAGAGAGAGAUCGAAAAAGGGGAGAGGCUUGCUGAGGCACAAAGAGGACCGUUUGCAUCACAUGUCUUACUGGACCCCUUCUAACAAGUCACAGAAAUGCAUUGUGGGAAAUCAGGUAACAAGCCUCAAGAAGAACGACGUGUGGGGGGAAACACGAGUGUGUGUUUCCUGAGAGAGAAUGAUAGAAUGGAUGAGUGUUGCUGUGUCUCACCUUGGACUACACCUAUGAUUCCCUGCUUUGUCCAGUUUUUCCUUUUGUUUUGUCGAAGACUAAAACCCUGACAACAGUGGCUACGGAACCUUCCAGAAGGUCAUGGGUCAUGUUGAGGGUGAAUGACUGCGUUGCUGAUGCUCCACCACCUGCUCAGACACGGUGGGGAAAACGAUGAGGAGGCGACACUCGUCUCUGACAAAGUCACACACACACGUCUGAAUGUACGUGGCCAAAUCAUGCAAGCAGAUAUAUUUGAAAGGAAACCCUGCUUGUGUGUGUGUGUGUGUGUGUGUUUGUCUCAUUAUUUGGAUUUUUUAAGUGAUUUGAUGAUCAACUUUCUGAUGGAUUCUUCUGUAUGCUUUACAAUUGUCUUUGAUUUUCAUAUUUGAUUUUAUUUGAUUCUAUUUUGACAUUUAUCUCUUCUGUACUAUGAUAAAAGUGGAUUCCCUCUGCACCACGGGCUUAAUUUCUACCAGGUGUCAGCAUAUGCCAAAUAACAAUACAUCAGACAGACACACAUAUACACACACACACACACACACACACACACACACACACACACACACACACACACACACACACACACACACACACUUGCAAACUUCUACCCUAACAUUGUGUAAAUGAUUGUACAGAAAUGCAGGUCUUGCUCUUGUUACUGACUUGUGACCUCUGACACGUCAUGUUUUCUGUCACGAAGGGCAUUGAGUGUGAUCUCUGACCCGGACACACGUUUGAGCGUGAUUCAAAACCAGACUUUAGUAGUCACUGCACACUAAGAGUAGUUCUCAGACUGCUAUUGGCUAUUGUCAGAGGCUGGUGAAAAUGUGAAGAACAGACUUCUGUGGGAGACAGUGAUCAGAGUCCUCAGGGAAGUGUUUGUGUGUGGCUGUGAGUGUGAGUGUGUGUGUGUGUGUGUGUGCAUAUGUAUGUAAAUAUGACACAUCUAUGCUUGGCUUGAAGGUUUAAUGUGCAUAAUUGUGGCAUUCGAUCAACAAUAACAACAACAACAACACCAGAUUUGUAUGGCAAGAUAAAGAGGGCUAACUUGAUGCUUUGUUAAUGCGUGUCUUAAACCCUUAAACCAGGGGAGCAUAGACAAUUCCCCACUCCUGAACUAAAUUCACCAUCCCUUCACCUGUGUGUCGACUUUGCGAUGUGGUUUCACCAAUUGCACUUAGCUCAUGCUAUUCAGGUGCCUGACAUUGCAUUAGUGUAAGAGUGGAGGUGUGUGUGUGUGUGUGUGUGUGUGUGUGUGUGUGUGUGUGUGUGAGUAAGAGAGAAGAGGGUGGGCUUGCAGAUUGGAUGUGGAAGGUACAUAGUCCACAUGCAUGUACACACAUAAGACUCCAAGAAACAUUUCUGCAUAACACAGUUCAGGGAGGAAGGCGUCUGUAAAUCCACUUGCUAUUUACUUGCACGUCCAUCUUACAAUGUAGAGUGUAGUCAGCUGUUUUGCUGUUGUUUCAGGGGGGGAGGUUAUUAGUGGUGAACUUUGCAGAUGAACACCGGCUUGGAGUUCUUCGCUGGGACGACCAAGGAGUACUGCACGUACUUCCCCUUGUGGCCACAAGGGAGCGUAAAUGAAGAAGCAAAACAUUUUAAAAUAAAAUGCAAUGAGGAUGGGGUCUACUUGAGUGUUUUGAAAUCUGGAGACUGUGACGUGUGUUUCUCACAUAUUGUACAGAUGACUGUGUGUGCUUAUGUCAUUUUGUAAAUAGACAGUCCUGAAUGAACCUUCAAAGGAACGUGAAAUAAGUGAUCACCUUUUUCUUAUGUGCUGUAAAUAUUCUGGUAUGUCAUAUUUUUUUCAACCUUUUUUCCAGGAAAUAAACCACAGUAAGCUUGUGAAAGCAA